AUGGAUACAACGGCCAUGCUCGGCGAACAGUCCGAUUCCGCCGAUUAUUGGAAGGAAUGUGGCGAUGCGGCGCGUCGGAAUGGUAUUGAACAUGUCGUGAUCAUGGGCGCGCAUUGGGCUGCUACUGGGGACGAAAUUCAAGUCGCCACCAGCCCGAACCCCCAAAAAGCACCAAUUGGCGGCGUUCACCCUAGCAAAUAUGUCGACUACAAAUUGGUUCCUGAUCUUCCAAUGUGUGAGCGAGUUAUUUCAGCCCUUCGAAAUGCUGGCUUCAACGCAUCGGCAAAUCCAAAAUUCGACUGGAUUCACGACGUAUACCUUAUCUUGAUACGCACAUUUCCCCAGGGCUGCCCUCCCACAACAGUAAUCAGCAUGAACGCACGUUUCGACCCACAUUAUCAUUUGCGAGUUGGGGCGGCCUUAAGACCACUUCGUCGAGAAAAAGUCUUGUUUAUUGGGUCCGGUGGUACAGUACACAAUCUGUACCGCAAUGUGUGGUGGCCGCUGCUCCGCUAUGCGGACAACUUUGCGAUGCCCACGCCUCCAGGGGACUGGGCCUUGGAUUUCAGGCAGGAAGUCGAAGAUGCCAUGACUAAAGCUUCUGGGCCGCUUCUGAGGAGGAGUCUCACUAUGCUGAUGAAAAUUCCAAAGUAUCGGGAAGCCCAUGCUACUGACGAUCAUAUCAUGAGCGCAAUGUUCGUUGCUGGGCUUGUUGGAGACGUGGAGGAUGAGGGAACUCCGGUCGAAAUUGGAGCAGAGGAUUGGGAGCUAACUAACAUGUGCAAUACUCAAUUUACGUUCGGGAAAUGGGCCGUAGCUGCUAAUUAG